AUGGCAAGCAGCUUCUGGUUUGAAUUUAUCCAUUAUCCAGAUUAUGGAAUAAAGAAGCCAGUUGAGAAACCACAAAACUCCACCGCUUCCCCAAAUUUCCUCUUCUUCUUCUUCUUCAGCGUUCACAUCUUUAACGCCUUCUUCCCUUCUCGCUCUGCUGCCGCCAUGAGCUCCCUCCAUCGCGACGACACCGUUCUACUCCACGGCGACCUCGACAUCACCGUGCACGGUGCCCGCCACCUCCCCAACAUGGACAUCGUCUCCCGGUUCCUCCGCUGCUGCAUCACCCCCUGCGCUUCCGGCCUCCCCAGCGGCGGAUCGAACUCUCUCCCCGCCCCCGCCGGUCAUCCCCGCCUCGAGAAUAAGAUCGCCACCUCCGACCCCUAUGUCACCGCCUCCGUCGCUGGCGCCAUCAUCGCCCGCACCCGCGUCAUUCGCAACUCCCAUUGCCCCGUCUGGGGAGAGCACUUCAAGAUUCCCCUCGCCCACUCCGCCGCCGCCCUCAUCUUCCAUGUCAAGGACGACCACCUGUUCGGCGCCCAGAUCAUCGGUACCGUCACCAUUCCCGCCUCGCAGCUCGCCUCGGGCGAGGCGAUGGAAGAGUGGUUACCUGUGAUUGCCCCGAGUGGACGGCCGCCGAAGCCCGACACCGCCCUCCGCGUGUCCCUCCAGUUCACGCCCGUUGAGCUGACCAUUGAUUACCGCCACGGCAUCGCCGGGGACCCCCAGAAGAGCGGGGUUCGGAAUGCGUACUUCCCCGUGCGGAGGGGGUGCUCCGCCACGCUUUACCAGGACGCUCAUGUCAGAGACGGGGAGCUCCCCGGCAUCAAGCUUGAAGAUGGAGCCGUCUUUGAGCGCGAAAAAUGCUGGGAGGACAUCUGCCAUGCCAUUCUUGAGGCGCAUCACUUGAUUUAUCUCGUCGGUUGGUCGAUAUAUCACGAGGUGAAGCUGGUGAGGGAGCCAACACGGCCGCUUCCAAAUGCAGGGCAGCUCACACUGGGCGAUCUACUCAAGUACAAAUCGCAGGAGGGAGUUCGGGUCUGUAUGCUAGUUUGGGACGACAAGACUUCACACCAAAAAUUUUGUUUCAAGAUGGAAGGAGUUAUGCAAACUCAUGAUGAAGAAACCCGAAAGUUUUUCAAGCAUUCCUCUGUCAUCUGUGUCUUGACACCUCGUUAUGCAAGCAGCAAGCUUAGCAUUUUCAAGCGGCAGGUAGUUGGUUCUAUCUUUACACACCACCAGAAAUGUGUACUUGUUGAUACACAGUUUUUAGGGAAUAAACGGAAAAUAACUGCUUUCCUAGGAGGCUUGGAUCUUUGUGAUGGACGUUAUGAUACACCGGAGCAUAGACUUUUUAAUGAUCUUUAUAGCGUCUUCUCUAAUGAUUUUCAUAAUCCCACAUUUUUUGUAGAAACUAACGGACCAAGGGAGCCAUGGCAUGAUCAACACUGCAGGAUUGAAGGUCCUGCUGCAUAUGAUGUGCUGGAAAAUUUUGAACAACGCUGGCGUAAGGCAACUAAGCGGGAAUUCGGCUUCCGUAUUAAAGAAAAAGUGGCACGUUGGCAUGAUGAUUCUCUAAUAAAGCUUGAAAGGAUCUCAUGGAUAGUUAGUCCUUCAGCUAUGGUUUCAAAUGAUGAUCCAAGUUUAUGGGUUUCUAGUGAAGAGGAUUCUAAUCACUGGCAUGUUCAGAUUUUUCGCUCUAUAGAUUCUGGAUCAGUAAAAGGAUUUCCAAAGAAUCCCCAAAAUGCCCAAGAAGAGAACUUAGUUUGUCAAAAGAAUUUGAUCAUUGAUCAAAGCAUCCACACAGCAUAUGUGAGGGCAAUCAGAUCUGCAAAACACUUCAUAUAUAUUGAGAAUCAGUAUUUUCUGGGUUCUUCUUAUGCCUGGCCAUCUUAUAAAAAUUCAGGUGCUGAUAAUCUGAUACCUAUGGAGAUAGCAUUGAAAAUUGCUAGAAAGAUUAGAGCCAAAGAACGAUUUGCUGUAUAUGUGGUUAUACCUAUGUGGCCUGAAGGAGAUCCUUCUUCUUUUACUGUGCAAGAAAUCCUCUUUUGGCAGAGCCAGACAAUGCAGAUGAUGUAUGAAAUUAUUGCAAAGGAACUUAAAGAUGUUAAUAUUGAAGAUGCACAUCCACAAGACUAUCUUAAUUUCUAUUGUCUUGGAAAGUGCGAAGAAUUGCCAAAUAAUAACUUGCAGUUAAAUUGUGAAUCUUCCGACAGAAGUCCUGUGGCAUUAGCGCAAAAAUUUCGUCGAUUCAUGAUAUAUGUUCACGCAAAAGGGAUGAUUGUAGAUGAUGAAUAUGUGAUAAUUGGUUCAGCUAAUAUCAAUCAAAGAUCUAUGGCUGGUUCAAGAGACACCGAAAUAGCAAUGGGUGCAUACCAACCUCAUAAUACAUGGGCUGAGAAGACAAGGCAUCCAAAGGGCCAGGUAUAUGGAUAUAGGAUGUCUCUAUGGGCAGAGCAUCUGGGAUCAGCGGAUGGUCGCUUCGAGGAGCCCGAGAGCAUGGAGUGUGUAAAAGUCGUAAACCAAAUUGCCGACGAUAACUGGUUGCGAUACACCGCCAACGAAGCUACAUUGUUGACGGGCCACAUUCUCAAGUACCCUAUCAAGGUCGAGGCUGAUGGAAAAAUUGGACCUCUCCUUAACCAAGAGUGCUUUCCAGACAUCGGUGGCAAGAUUCUAGGAGCUCCUUCAAAUCUUCCUGACACUCUUACCACAUAAAUUCUCUCAGAUCAACAACAGCACAUACAACAACUGGAGAAAAGGAAAUAAGAGUUGUAUAAUUAGUUAAUGCAAAGUUUUAGAAAUAGACUUUUGAUCUCUCUGUUGGUUUAUUUACUUACUGGAAUUAGAUUUCUGUGCAUUUAUUGUGUACAUUAGAAAACAGGAACACCAAUAGGUACUUUCUGCUACCCAAAUUCUUACGAUUAAGAACCAACAAAAUGGA